CGUGAAGUCAAAUAACGUAAUAAAAAGGGGUGUGUGUAAAUGUUUAAGGUACAGAAAACCUACACCCUUCUUAUCGAACUAUUAGACAUUAUGUGUGAUUUAUGAAUUGUUUAGGACUUGUAGAUAUCAAUAAACGGGGUUCUAUAUGUCUUAUGUUUCAUAUUGAUUUAAGAGGUAACGGUGUGUAAAGGUUUCAUGGAUCUUCGGUCGUAGUCAUGAGUAAUGUGUAGCUAUACAUCAGGAUGAAUCUACAACUUAACUACAGCGAACUAUAUUGGCAACGAUCAUAUGAAUGUGAUCUGAAGGCUGUAUAACAUAUAAAAGAUGGUACUUAAUCGUUUGAUAGGACGGAAUGUUAAAUGCUUAGUAAUAUUUUUUAUCGUCAUUCCCAGAAUUACUUUAACUGAGGCAUGGAAAGAUGAAAGGUAUAAGAAAUCUCUGGAAUAUGCAGCAAUCAAUGAUGUAAAGCUUAGAGGCGGUGUCCAACAUCCGGAAGAUGGCAGUGCCAUCGGGGAACGCCUUAACUAUAAUCCCGGGGUAACUGGAAACGCUGGCCCCAAAAAUGUAACAAAGUUUGAUAACAGUGUAGAACAACAUGACGUACUGGAUGAUGGAAAAUCGCAUGAUGGUUACAACGUAUCAUCCCAUGAAGGGUUGCUCAACACUGCGUACUUCAACACCCUCUUGGUUAUCGUCAGUAUGCUUGUCGUUCUUUUAACGUUGGUAUCAAAAAUAGAGUUUAAGCUUCAAACCAAGGAUAAAUUCAUGAGGCAAGCUUUCGACAUAUGUGUCAGACAAGUGGUCAUUAUGAGUCUAGUUAACCUGGGACUUUAUAUGGCUAUGCAUACCGACUUGGCGGAUAGGUUAGAUUAUAUAUUUAACAAAGACAUCAAACAUGUUGAAGUUUUCGAUACCCUGCUCCAGAUAUCUUUCUUCCUCUUCUGCUUCUUCUUUCUGUUUUGUGUAUAUAUCGCCAUUGUUGUAGGCAGGGGGACAAAAUUCCUUAGUAUAGCAGAUGAGGCUGAUGUUGUAACAACUGCCAAGGAAUAUGAUUUUUCCAAGAAUAAUUUUUUACACUUUUUUAACACUGUGACAGAUAAGGCAAAGUAUAUGGUCAACCGUAUGGAAUUCACCGAUAUGGUAAAGCAACGUGGUUAUUCAGAUAAUUGCGGUUGCUAUUUCAUGGAUUAUAUGAGAGCAUCAUUAAUCCAGAUUUCAAUCCCAUUGCUUAGAAUUUCUCGUGGAGCUUUGUUUGUUCUGUUAGUUGCGCUUGUUAUUCUACGGAUAAUUGGUAAUGUAGACAUAUUUCGGACGAUAUACUACAUUACCAUUGCCAAUACCCUUGCUAUUCUUGCUCUUGCGUCCAGAAUUUCACAUUUGGAUUCACAGCUUUAUCCUCUAGAUAUAUCGCAAUAUUUAUUAUUAAAACUAAAUGUGGGUGAUGUAGGAGAUGCUUUGCAACCGCUAUACAAAGGUGGUGAAGAAGAGAAUCAAAGUGAAGGGAUUCAAAACUGGUUAUUUGGAGAAGGUGCCAUUAAUGCCCACCAAAAUAUUUUUUGGUUAAAACAAUAUGGUCCUGUUGCAUUGGAGAGUAUAUUUGGAACACUGUUGUUCUCUCAUUUGCUGAUACUCUCAGUAUGGACUUACAGCUUGCGUUAUGUAGGUAUCCAAUUCUUAAAGGAUAUACGAAUGUCAACACCUUUGUUUGCGACGUUACUGGUCUUGUUUCUGGUGCCAAAGAUGCUUUAUUCUCUAAUGGUUGUUACUAGAUGUGGGCAUCUAAUCAAUUUUGAAUUGUUGGAAAGUAUUCUACUGCUACAGAAAACGGAGAACGCAAAGAAUGCUACAGAAUUGUUGGAUGCGCUAUCCAUAGAAAGUGUAAGAUUUGCUUUCGUGAAAGGCGGUGAUGAAUAUUGGCGGAUGCUAUUGGCUAAGCAAAAGGCAUUGCCUCCUCAUAUCAACCAACGGAUUAAAUUGCACUGGGAAUCCAUUAGCAGUGGUAAAGCCACUGUGGAUAACCAUAAAUUGGCGAAGUAUCUUUCGGAUCAAUGGGGAUUUUCCGGUAAAUCUGAUAAACAUAGAAUGAAGGAAUUCAUAUCGCAAUUCAUGCGCAAUGAUACCUGUCGUAUGAAUGAAGAAGAGUUUAUGGUUUUCGGUUAUAAGAUCAAGCAUAUGAUUCUGGCUCCUCUCGAAGAAGAUAUCCUAAUGAUUCUCUUCGAGGAUAAGUUUGAUAUACCGUGGAAGGCUCCAUGCGGUAUUGAUCUUGUCACCUUUGACUCCAUAAUAAGAAAGUUGAACCUGAAGUGGAAGAAAAGUGCGCAGAGACAUUUCCUAGAAUUUAUAGGAAGCGGACCCGCUGAAGGACUCUCACCCGAAAACCUCAUAUGUCAACUAAACAACUUCCAGCGAGCCUGUCAAAAAAAUUAUUUUAGCGCUGUCUGAAAUUGCAAUUUAGCGCAUCGAAAUGCCCAACUCGAACAUCUUGUCAUAUUUUUUGAGCGUCUAACACCGUUAAAAUAACAU